AUGCCCGACACCCACACCCCCAGCGCAUCCACCGACACUCCCGCGUCGUACAAAGCCGCACUCGAGAUCCCCAUCCCCAUUCCGCGCUUGACACACUCGUUCAGGCUUGUGUGUGAUCUGGAGGCUGUGAGGAGUGUCGGGGAGGGACUGCAUGGGGAUGGCGGGCAGUUCAAUUGGAUCAACUUUACUGGAGGACACUUUGAAGGCUCGUGGGGUCACGGCGAGAUCGUCGCCGGCGGCCAAGACGCACAGCAUAUCAUGCCCUCCUCUCACCCCUCCUCCCCUCUCGCCGCGCAACUCUCAACCCGCUACCUCCUUCGCACCUCGGACGGCAUUUUCAUCCAAGUGCAAACCCGCGGCUGGCGUACCGGUCCUCCGCACAUCCUUCAAGCACUCUCUUCCGCCGCGCGCGAGGGGUACGAGGGCGAGGUACCCGGACCAGAGGAAUACAAGUUCCGUUUGUGCGUCGAGAUGGAGACGGAUUCGAGGAAUGAGAGGUAUGCGUGGUUGAAUACUAGUAUGUGGGUUGGGAGUGGGGUUAGGUCCGGCAGGCAGGUCAUCUACGACGCCUACCUCAUCGAGUAG